GUAUUUCCACACGGAGACAGGACUUUUACUUCCUCAGUGAGGUUCGUGACACUGGGGGAUGUGCCUCUGUGUGCUGUGCUGACGCUGCUGCAUGUAAAAUUAGCUGGCUGCAGCCUUUCAGGGACACCUCUUGCGGACCGCCGGAGCCCACAGUGCAAUAAAUAUGGCAGCAGAGCUAUCCACUUCCAUAAACAUCAAGGAGCCCCGGUGGGACCAGAGCACAUUUGUAGGUCGGGCUAAACAUUUCUUCACUGUCACAGACCCCAGGAACAUCCUCCUCACCAACGAACAACUAGCCCAUGCACACAAAAUUAUCACUGAUUACAGGCAAGGUAUAGUCUCUCCAGGGUUGACAGAGGAUGAACUGUGGAGAGCCAAAUAUGUUUUUGACUCGGCUUUCCAUCCCGAUACUGGGGAGAAGAUGAUCCUGAUUGGCCGCAUGUCAGCGCAGGUUCCAAUGAACAUGACCAUCACUGGAUGCAUGAUGACAUUUUACAAAUCAACUCCAGCUGUGUUGUUCUGGCAGUGGAUCAAUCAGUCUUUCAACGCAAUAGUCAAUUAUACCAACAGGAGUGGCGAUGCUCCGAUCACAGUCAGUCAGCUUGGCACAGCUUAUGUGUCUGCCACCACAGGGGCAGUUGCCACCGCUCUAGGACUAAAUGCACUAACAAAGCAUGUUUCACCUCUGAUUGGACGGUUUGUUCCAUUUGCUGCUGUAGCUGCUGCUAACUGCAUCAACAUCCCACUGAUGAGACAAAGAGAACUUCAACACGGCAUUCCUAUAACAGAUGAGAACGACAACAGGUUAGGAGAGUCGACGAAAGCUGCACAGCAGGCUAUCUCUCAGGUUGUGGUCUCCAGAAUCCUCAUGGCUUCUCCAGGAAUGGCUAUCCCUCCAUUUCUAAUGAACCAUUUGGAAAAGAAGGCCUUUCUGAAGAAGUUCCCAUGGAUGAGUGCACCUAUUCAAGUCAGCCUGGUGGGAUUCUGCCUGGUGUUUGCCACUCCACUGUGCUGCGCAUUGUUCCCUCAAAGGAGCUCUAUGUCAGUCGGCCGCUUGGAGCCCGAGCUGCAGGAGAAAAUCCGGGCCAACCACCCAGGAGUGGAGAGGGUCUACUUCAACAAAGGGCUAUGAGUGUGCAGCCCCCUCAUCCAAACACUGCCAUAACACAGCUGCAGGCUCAGUCCUCGCCUCUCUGCCAGCCCUCCUCAUUCAGUGUGCCAAAGUUAAGUUUGUGUCUCCUCAUUUCCACAAUUCAGAUGGGUAUCGGAGGACUCCCU